CAGUGGAAAGUGGGAGUUCCUCUCCUACUGUGAAGGAGGGUGUGUCUCGCCGAGAAAUAGGCGUCUGUUUGUUACUCGGUCGACUUUUUUGUCUUCCCCAACCACCUUGCCCUGAGUUUUUGCCACCGCCCGUCUCUGCUACCAACUUCAGUCAGUUCGGGUUAUGCUGUAGACGAGGUGAGAGGGCUUCUAUGUCUACACUUCUCUAAUCGGAUUUCCUGCGUUUUUCUUAAAGACUAGUUGGAGACCUGCAGUGGAGUCAAUCUGUGACUUUGAGUUUCAUCCACCAUGGGGGAUGUAAUUUCCAGUCACCUGGAUGAAGCCAAACGGGAGAUUAUCACAGCUCGGACUGGGGAGGUUAUAGGGGUGUUUGGGCGGCUGUAUGAGCAGCAGUAUGCGGUGGCUCUCUUCAACAAAGUUCGCUUUGACAUAGAAGGAGGAAGUGGCCCACAACCCCAGCUACUACACCGCAAGAUUCCUCUGGAAAACAAGUCCAUCUUCUCUGGCUCGCUCUUUCAGUACCUGGAGGAAAGCAAGAAAUGGAGGAACCGCUUCCUCUUUGUCCCAGACUCCUACAACAUCAACUAUUAUGAAAACAAAUUGUCCCAUGACAGACGCCUCCAUCCCAAAGGAACCAUCAACUGUGCUGGCUACAAAGUCCUGACAUCUAUGGAACAAUACCUGGAUCUGAUCAGCAACAGCCUGCCUGAUGUGAAAGCCAAGGUGGGAAGUUCACCCUUCCUGAAGUGUGCCAGUCAGUUCCCUCUGAUCCUCUGGCACCCUUACGCACGUCACCACUACUUUUGUGUAGCAACAGAGAAGGAGCAACAGAAGUGGCAUGCUGUCCUUCAGGACUGUGUCAGACACGCCAAUGACGGUUUGUCAGAGGAGAAUCAAGUCCAAACACCAGCCUUCACUGAUGCAGUACGACUCUACCGCCAAGCUCAAGGGAACUAUGGCACCUGGGAAAUGAUGUGUGGUGUACCAUCACAGAUCCUGUCUAACCUGGUAAUGGAAGGUCUCCUUCCUGAGCUGAGGGAGCUCAUCUCCCCCCGCCUGAAAGGCAAACUGUAUGAGAGGCAGAGGAACUGGAUGCUUAUCAGUGAUGCUGUAUACAGCCUGGUGCAGGGGCAGUGCCAGACCCAGUAUGAGGCAGUCUUGCAGAAGUGUGAGGCGGCCCGCUCCUCUCUGGAGGCCUCCAUACGAACAGACAUGGACCAGAUCAUCACAUCCAAGGAGCACGUCACCAACAAGAUAAGGGCUGUUGUUCUCCCCAAAGCCGAGAAACUGUUGAAGGUGAGCAUCCAGCCCUACAUCAGCUCCAUCCUGGAUGCCCUGAUGGAGCCAACCAGCCGAGGCUUCUCUGAGGUCCGCGAUGUGUUCUUCAGAGAGCUGGUGGACAUGUGCAAGAACACCCUCAAUGAGGGUACAAAGGAGACUGUGGCACAGCAUAUGGAAAAGAUCUCCAUGCUGGCCUUCCACCCUGUGAAGAUGCACAGCUGCUACGAGAAGGUGGAGCACCUGAGUCUAGAGGGUCUGCAGCAGAGGUUUGAUGUCUCCAGCCCCUCAGUUUUUGUCCAGAGGGCCCAGAUCCUCAUGAGAGAGCAAAUGGACGAUGCAGUGUACACAUUUGAGCAGAUCCUUCACCAGAGUCUGGAGUCUCAGGGUACAGAGGAGCUCUGUAAAACCAUCCAGCGCUGCCAGGACAGAGUCAUUAAGAAAUUUGACUAUGACAGCAGCACAGUGAGGAAGCGUUUCUUCCGCGAGGCCCUCCUCCAGAUCUUCAUCCCCUACAUGUUGAAGCAGCUCAGCCCUUCCUGUGCCUCAGAGCUGCCGCGCUUCCAGGAGCUGAUCUUUGAGGACUUUUCCCGUUUCAUCCUUGUGGAGAACAUCUUUGAGGAGGUGGUGCUGCAAUCGGUCAUGAAGGACAUCAUGAUGGCUGUGAAGGAGGCGGCGGUCCAGAGGAGACACAACCUGUACAGGGACAGCAUUGUCCUCAGCAACAGCGACCCCAGCCUGCAACUACUGGGAGAAAACCCCUCCAUCGACUGGGCCAGGGAGCACGGAGGAGCCCAGGAGGAUGUUGACAGGGCAGGGGAGGACGCUGAGGGUUACAGUGAUAGUGAAGGUGGGGAAUCCCAGAAGAAGAGGAGGAUGAAGCAGGUUGUGUCCAUGAUCCAGGUGGAAGAAUCCCCGGUCCUGCCCAACGACUCGUACAUGGAGGUGCCCAGCAAUGACGACAUCCCGGAGAAGGAUGAGGAGGAGGUGGAGAAGGAUGGAGAUGGCGAGGAGAACGUAUAUGGAAAAGCUUCUCCUGAUCAAAAUGGAUCUGCAAGUCCCAAAGCUUCAGAGAACCCUCCAGGAUUGUCAAAUGGUUGUGCCUUGAAGGAAGAGGAAGCCAGACCAGAGGAGCAGGUUGAAUCUUCUAUAGAAAGUGCUUCAGCCUUAGAGGAGAAGGAUAAGGGAGAGGACAGCCAGCCGGUGCUGGACAAACAACCACCCUCCAACCAGGAGGUGUCAAAGGAGGCGUUGCCCCCACCACCUCCUCCCAAGGAAAUCCCAUCUGGGGCUAAAGAGUCUGCUCCGGAGAUGACAGCUGACUUCCCCCCACCUCCACAUGACGACAGCGGUUUCCAGUCUCCCACCAGUGAAGGGGCAGGGGCGGGGGCUGGGGCGGAGGAGGAAGCAGUGGCCCCUUGCACAUUGGCCCCUCCAUCUGCAGAGGAACACCUUGAGGUGAAGGAGACAAGUACUGCCGUUGCACCAGAUGCUGAGGCGAAAACCACUGACUCUGAGACCGGAGACCAGUGAUGAAAUGAUUUCCACUUGUUUGACCUAAAGUGAAACCUGCCCUGUUUCCCCCUUUUUUUUGACAAACAUUAAAAGAUGCUCCAUGCUGUUUAAACCAUAUUAGUUUUCAGUUUCCGCACGAGUUUCAGGCAUGUAAUCACUCAGCUGAUUAUUUUCAUUGAGCAGGGCUCAGUUGCUGUUGUCUUUUCUUUUUAUUAUGUUUUUGUGUGUGUGUGUGUGUGUAAUUUUUCACAAUUUUUGGAUCUGACAGAAAAUCCUCAGAAAAGUCUGAGCUUUCAGUCCUCAUAAGUUCCACACUUUAUUUUCUCUACACCUGGAAUAAAUGUGAGCACAGUGGACAACCUCAAGUCCCUAAUGGUUAUAAACAUGACAAGUUGCAAGAACGCCCGAGCUGAGAUGCCUUUAUUGAACUACAUGUAAACUGAUAUAGCUCUGAAGUCUAUCUUGUUUGACUACUGUGUGGCCUUUAGUAACAUCAAACUAUCUGAGUUUUUUAUGACAUAUGUUGGUGUAAGUACAGUCUGUACAGUCUAUUGGAAACUCACUAAGGUGAUGAGCAUCCUGAACCAAGAAUGACAAAAAAAAUCCAGGAUACUCGUUAGUUAUUAUUAGACCUAAUUAGCCAACAGAUACUAAUACUUUUUUUUUUUUUUUUUUUUUUUCCCCCCUUCAGACUUCAAUCACAAUUCAUUAACUGUCUCGAUUCUACACACUGACAUAACUCAAGACUUGACAGUUUCUCUUGUUUUGGUGCAAGUAACACUAUUUUAUAUGAGUUUAUCCCUUAACAAAGAUAGCUUAUGUAUAUAUAUGCAUCUAUGACCAAUCUGUCUUUUUACAUAAUUUUAUAUCAUUUCAUCAGUACCUCCACUGAUCUCUCCACCCUAUUUUAUUUAUUAUUUUGCACCCCCCCUCUGUUUUGACCAUUUUACUUUUAGAUUUAUUUUAUUCAUUUACAAAUGACUGUUAUUGAUAAUAAAUCAUUAUCGAUUAAAUAUGA